UGUCCGAUAGAUGGCGGUAUAACAUUCACAAUCAGCCGGACCGUAACGGCGUGUGAAUCACGGUACCAAACUCUGCACACCUGGCAGAAAACAUCCGACUAAAUCCACUCUAAUAACACUGAGUGCUGUGCGCGUGCAUCGAUGCUAACUUGAAUGCAUAUGUUUUGACUGAGUCUGACGUUUACAACGCAAACUGGAUGUGAAAAUGAAUCCUCUGGAUCCCCAAAAGAUCAUUCUGAACAGCACAUGCACUGUCUCUCUGCAUGACCGCUUCAGCAGUUUGCUGAAGCAUCAGCCAACAGAUGUGAUGGACAUCACUGCCGCAGUGAAACAGCAGACUGCAGCCUCGCUGAAGAACCAGCGGCUGGCUCUGGAGAUGGCCAACAGACCUUCAGUGCUGGCCGCCCUGCAUAAUAAUAUAAAUAAUCAACUGUGCAAAGUGAGCGUGAAGGCGAGGCUCGGCCAUCCCUUGGGAAGAGUAGGCAUGGUGGGAUUGCAGGGGCAAAUGAGAGGAGGAGGAGGCAGAAGAGGACUGGUCAAGGGAUUUUACACAAGGAAAAACAUGAGUACACAGCAAGGUGUAGUCAACAGUCUAGGUGUUCAGAAGGGGUGUGUCCAGCAGAAGCGUGGAGGCAUAAUCAAUUUGACUGGAGCAAUGAGAACCAGAGGUGGAGGAGCCAUUAGAAGGACAGAAGGAAAUGCAGAGCGGCAGGUGCUACAUCCAGGAACAGCACAAGGUGGUGGUCGUUUCAUGUCUGUCAGGGGGGCGUAUUCAGGGUGCAGCCGGGCCAGAUUCAACAGACAUCAGGUCCCUUCUCGGGAACAGUUGGAUGAACAACUGGAUGAGUACAUGUCCAUGAGCAAGAGCCAUCUAGAUGCAGAGCUGGAUGCAUAUAUGGCUCAGGUUGAUUUGGAGGACAUGGUGUGAUGACCUGAGACAAAAGUUAAGCUCCACUGUAUCUUCUUUAGUUUAACCCUAACAAAUGAAGCAUGUAAUCUAACUUGCAGAUAGACUGCUCUGUUACAGGGUUAUUUGUCCUUAUUGAUUGACUCCAGCAGACCUGAACUAAUUGUGUAUAGUUGCUGCGUCCCUCAGAGCUCUGCUGCUUAGAAACCUUUGACUUCCAGUUUGUUACUCUAAUUAAACGAUCAUUAUAUUUCCUGUAGUCCUACCGAGCAAGAAAGAAUUAAAAGCUUGCCAAAGACUUUCUAGAAAAUAUUGUUUCUGAGAAAAUCGUUUCAAUAGCACUUUAUUUGGUAAGCAGUUCCAUUGAAUGCUUGGAAUGGAUGGACAUGAAUCACUUCUCAGUUAAAGCUAUGCUAGUAAAUAUUUUAUAAGCAGUUCGCAAUGAGAAACACAUGUGUUUAAUAGCAGACAUCCGUUUUUCUAUUUUUGGUUGUGAAGUAUCAAGAUUCAUACAAGACAAUAUGAUAACAUUUCAUUGAAGCUGACAAUCAGACUUGUUUGGGUUAUAACUGGUUUGAAAGAGCUACAUGUCAGCCAUCUUUUGUUUUUCACAAGUGUUUUGUAUCAUUCUGAUUUGAUUACCAUAUGUAAAAUUCUACACAUAUAGAUAUAUAUUGAAGAAUUACAGGUGGUGAUUAAAAAGAGAAAAGUUCAUGUUUAAACAUUCACCCUGUGGUGAUAGUAGGUUUUCCUAUUCUUUAAUAAAAGAUGUUUGGAAAUUGC